UAUGUGAGCUGUUUUCAGAAAGUCAUGAUUUGGAAAGGCUUGAAGCGGUCAUUUGGUUACUAGUAGCACUGGGGAAACGUAUGCAGGCAGCAAGCUGGUACAGUGGUAGGUAUAACUCAUAUAAGGCCCCGAUUACACUAUACCGGAUUGCAUCGAAGCGACGCGAUUUCUGUACCGGAUUGGCCUCUUGUUUACACUACGCCACUGUAAUCCGGUACGUGCCGCGGCGCGAAAAUCACUUCGCUUUGGAGGUGAUAUGAAAAGUAAUCCGGUACAUGCUGUACCGGAUAAAACCAAGUGUAAUCAGGCAAUCCGGUACGCUCCGGUACUAUAAAUAGGUUUCGGCAAGUAUAUUUUAACAUUGUCGUUUUAUUUACUCGCUUUUAAAUAUUUUAUAGCUGUUGUUUGCUUCGCUUUACAAUUAUUUAUUAUUUCUAGCGAAGACAAAUAAAGGUAGCGGUAAUAACAUUGACUUCUUGCUUUCAAAAGGGCAAAAUUUAAUGAAAUACUCGUCAAUUUUCGAUAAGAGCGAGACAAAGCAACGUCAGGUGGUCAAGCUUUGUAAACAAAGUUAUAAUUCACAAGUACUGUCGAGAAAACGUCCAAAAUGGUCAAAACUUAUUAUUUGUUUCCGUGGCAACGAUAAAAGAUACGAGCUGGCGACAGAGCGAAGCGGCAUAGUGUAAACACCCUUGAUUUUGGCUUCGGUGUGAAAAUUGAUCCGGUAUGAAAAUCAAUCCGGUAUAGUGUAUCCCAGCCUCAUAUAACAUUAAAGAGGAGUUCACAUUUUCGUUUGGAAAAAGGCAUCCACUAUCGAACUCAAAUAUAUAAAACACAGUUGGCGUUUUACACUGCUACGUUAUAGACGUGUUAGUUAACCAACGAUAGCAUGCUAUACCAUUUUGGCUGGUUCUACUAAGGUCUAAGCGCUAUCAUGCAGCAGACGAAACAGCUAUAAGUGUGAUUAUUCUUUUAUAAUGCAUUUGAGGACAUGUUUUCGGAAUGUCAAAUGAAUUGAAUUGCUCAGUUCCUAAAAAUGCAAACAUUUCUAUGGACAUCAUCUAACUGUGCCCCAUAACGCUUAUACUGAAACAGCAAAUUGAACCGUCCCAGCAAAUUGCGAAAUUUACCGAAUAUGUGUGUAAACAUGUAUAGCAUAUUGGACGCAGUGAAAUCUGCAAAAACCUUUCAGUAUAUAUGCAUGGGGUAUUGUUUCGCGUACUGUGUUUGUAUCAUAGAUAUAGAAGACAUGGUUUGUACCAGUGGCAUUCCGUGGUCUGAGAUUCCAUCCCAUAGAUAUCUUAUAUAUAUAUAAGAUAUCUAUGUUCCAUCCUCAGAAAAGUCAUUGGACUUUCCUUCACUCGUUUUUUUUUUCGAUUCCAGAUUUUAAAGCGCAAAUUUUGUUGGAUUCCAGAUUCCUUUACACUGGGCAAGAAGCUGUGCGCACGUUGGUGGGUUUUAAUAAGGACCGAACCAUGCAACAGUUGGUGGCGUCUCUUAUAAAUGUAAACCCUGUUGAUGCGCUGAACACCAUGUACCUUCGCACUUAUUAUAGCCUGAUAAAACAGCCGCAAAUUAUUGCUACACUUGUUAUAGCCAGCCAGUUGGUAUCAAUGGGAAAAAUAAAUACAAAUUAGAGUCAAGGUGUUAAAAUUAUUUUUCUAUUUUCUGUAGUAAAGAAUGCCGCUUUCAAGACAGAAUACAAACCUAUCUCUAUCAGAAAAAUUGGAAGUACUAGUCACGUGUGCUGUGUGUCAUGAGUUGCUAAACAACCCCAAAGUAUUUCCGUGUCUUCAUUCGUAUUGUUAUGAAUGUAUCGUGAAACUUUCCAAACGUGAAUGUGGCUUAGAAUGCCCAGAAUGUCGUGCUCCAGUGGAGGUGAGAUCAUUUUCUGAAUUCGAUUAUAGCCAUUGCGUGGUGUGUUUCCGUCAGAGCCUUAGUGUGUACGUGGAGGUGGGCGAAGUGGGAGCAGCUUAUUGUACAAUACUACCUUCACUGGACCCCACGUUUGAGAUAUCUUUUUCAGGUAGUUAGAACAUAAACCAUGGCAGCUUAUUGUAGAAUGCUACCUAGACUGGACCCCACGUUUGAGAUAUCUUCUUCAGAUAGUUAAGACACAAACCAUGGCAGCUUAUUGUUACACUGGACCACACGUUUGAGAUAUCUUUUUCAGGUAGUUAAGACACAAAACAUGGCAGCUUAUUGUAGAAUACAGUACCUACACUGGACCGCACGUUUGAAAUAUCUUUUUCAGGUAGUUAGGACAUAAACCAUGGCAGCUUAUUGUAGAAUGCUACCUACACUGGACUCCACGUUUGAGAUAUCUUCUUCAGAUAGUUAAGACACAAACCGCGGCAGCUUAUUGUUACACUGGACCACACGUUUGAGCUAUCUUCUUCAGGUAGUUAAGACACAAACCACAGCAGCUUAUUGUAGAAUACUGCGUACACUUAACCUCCACGUUUGAGAUAUCUUCUUCAGGUAGUUAAGACACAAACCAUGGCAGCUUAUUUAUUGUACAAUGGAUCCCACGCUUGAGAAAUCUUCAGGUAGUUCAGACACGAAGCACGGCAGCUUAUUGUAGAUAUUCGCACGUUCUAUUAAUCCCACCUUGUCGACAAGUCAUAUCAUUGAUUCAUUUUAACAGGUUGGUUAUCCACCUGAUCUUUCCGUCCUGCCAACAAAUUUCUUCGCCAACAAUGUUUUGGCGACAUUGAGUUUGGACGACAACGACGAUGCUCCAGCUUUGUUGUGCGACAACUGCGAAGAUGCAGAGAAGCCUGUGGAAAAACGCUGCAAAGAUUGCUUGCAAUUCCUGUGCGCCCCAUGUGCCGAGUCUCACCAACGAUCAUGCGAUACGAAGAACCAUGUUCUACAGUCGAAAGACGAGUUGAAAAACAACGAACCAGCAGAGAACGCGAGGGCUGUGAAGUGUAGUAAACAUCAUGAACUCAUUAAAUAUUACUGCGACACGUGUAAGGAAACGACUUGUGUGUCUUGUACUAUCCUUGAACACAAACAACACAACCUCCUUUCGCUGGAAGUAAGCUCUACGAAGGCAAAAGAAGAAGUUCAGAAUCUUAUUGAAAAGGUUGAAGAAAGGGUGGAAACAAUCUCGGCAGGAAUCGAGUUAGUAGAAGCAAAAAGCCAAGAUAUAACUGCCAGAGAAGAGGCGUGCAAGUCCCAGAUUGAAACGUUUUUCACACAGUUACAUGAGCAAAUCGAUGCCGAAAAGGAAAACAUGCUGGCAGUAACCGCAUCGGCUUCGGAAUCCCAAAAGAGUGAAGUCGAAGCAUCGAAGAAGGUUUUGGACCUCGCUCUAUCCACGUGUCAAAAUGGUGUGAAUUUUGCAAAGCACACCCUUCAAAAUGGAAACGACGUUCAACUUUUGAACAUAAAGCCAACCAUAACAUUGUACCUUGGUAAUUUAAGGAAUGUUCAAGACGAAAUCACCCCUAACAUUGGAAAUCCGGUUCGAUUUUUGAAAAGCGAAUCUUCGAGUCAGCUUUGUCGUCAGUUAACCGCAAACGUUUGUUCUGUCGAAGAGGUAGCUGUCUGUUCUUUAAAGUGCGAAGCAAAGUUUCCAGAUCUCACGCUUAAAGUCGGCAAGAAAUCGGUGAUUGUUAUAACAUGCAAGGACAAGGACGGUCGUAUUAUAAGCUCGAGUUGUGGGAAAGAUCUAAUUCAGGCGAGCUUCGGUGGUGUGCAGGUACAAGAUGCCGAAAUAUCGGAGAAGCAAGAUGGCACCCAUGAGAUUUCAUUUGUGGUAAAUGAACUAGGGACGUUCCAGUUUGAAGCAAAGGUCAAUGGCCGUGUGGCCCCAGGUUGUUUUCUUGAAGCAGAAGUGGAUUGGGAGCUAAGCGCUGCUCGUGGCAGUGGAUAUUUACGAAUGAAUGGAGAGAUGGUCAACUGCAUGUCAGGAGAGGGUAAUGUGGGGAAGUAUUGUUUCAGGUUGGGGGAUACACCUAUGACGUCAGGUAUUGUGAAAAAUUUAACCCAUUAAAAUAACAUUAAUUCUUUCUCGUCCUGUCCCGAUUUGCUAUUUUACGAUUCAAUUGUUUUUUUCUAAUGUAAAUAUCUCGGCGAGUAUAUACCCCCAUUUAAAACGAAAAACAACUUUGAAAUCCUCGCAAAAUGUCUUUUCAACGGGGGAUUUGAAUGCCGUCACAACAUAUAUUACACAAACCAAAACAAUCGUACAUUUAAAUACUCACCCUUGGCCAAACAUUUUGUAUUUCAUUUCGAGAAAAACAGCUACUUUAUUAUUUCACUCUGUCUAACGCCAGAUCAUUUUACUCAUCAAUUUAAGGAGAGUCGCUGGCGCUCAAUGGGUUAAUCAAACUAUCGAUCUUCCCGAUGUGUCUGAUUAAACCGUUAAGUUACAUGGCGCCAUAAUGCGCCCUGCCCUGCUUUAUUAUUUUACUCUGUCUGAUGCCAGACUAUUUUAUUCGUCAAAGCGGGAGUGCUGGCGCACAUAUCCCAUUUUUUGAGAUGCUGGUUUAUGUUAUCCAGAGAGUUCGCAUACAACUUUAACUUGCAAAUUGUGGUGACAUGUUAGAAAUCAUCAGUUGAGUCUCUCUGUGGAAAGUUGCCCCAGCUGCAGAAAUUUACCAUCCCGCAUUUUCUCAAACAAAUCUCAAGAAAAUACUCAAUUUAAUCAAAUUGCAUGUGUACCAUUUCUUCGACAUUGCAUAUUAAAAGGUGAAACUUUGCACUUUUUCUGAUAUUGGGGUGUUCUUUUUAUUCCUGUGUUUCAUUUCGACACAGCUGCUUGUUUCAAGGAAAAUAGAAUCACAUCACCAAUUCAUGUUAGAAAUCUAAACUCUCGAUUUCAGGGGCGCAUCGAUGGAAAGUCGAAGUCAGCCAUGCAGUACAAGACGCAGAAGAGUGUUUCCAAGAUCCAGAGGGCCCAACAUUUGAAGUUGGUGUCAUCGAAGCUGACGAUGAUUAUUCCAAAGCCAGUAUCGUGCAUGAAGUUACGAAGAAAUGGGUUUACUCAGGGCCGGCGAAGAGGAUUACCAAUGUCUUUUUGAAUCUUGAUAUGGUGCAAAAAUCUUUGGAAAUUUUGCCUGGAGGAAAAUUUUUGGUUGCUACGUCGAAGUUUAGUCUUCGACGGAGAGUGUUUCGUAUGAAGACUGAUGUGGUGUUUCCAUUUUUUUCCGUGAACUGCCCGCACUGCAGUCUAACAUUUUGUAAAAUGAACUCAUAGGAUUGUCAACUUGCAGUAAUUAAAAGGCCUUUUAUAUGCGAAGCUUUGUAUUCGUACUGUCCGCACUACAGUCCAACAUUUUGUAAAGUGAACUCAUAGGAUUGUCAACUUGCAGUAUAAGGCCUUUUAUAUGCGAAGCUUUCUAUUCAUACUGUCCGCACUGCAGUCUAACAUUUUGUAAAAUGAACUCAUAGGAUUGUCAACUUGCAGUAAGGCUUUUUAAUGUUUUAUAUGCGAAGCUUUCUAUUCGUAAGCUCGGAUCUUCAUUACGCCUCAGCGAAAGAGAAUGAGAGUUGGCAGCCACGAAUUGUUACAGGAGACAUUUCAAGCUCUAGAUUAAACAAAAUAAAGGUUUGAUGAAUGUUCCUAUUACGUUUUGCGAAAGCAUUAAGAACAAGUUACAUAGGUAACCAACUAACGAAGGUCGCAGGACUUCCAACUCCCAUGCACUCUCAUCCUGGUUUGAGGUACCAGAGCUAGGCAGCCACUAGGCGAAAUGUUUCAACCGAAUCGAAAUUUUCUUUUGUCUUUCAAGCACUCAGAUGGAACUAAACAGAAAUCUUUUGAAUUUGAACAAUAGAAAUUUCGGUUCGAUCAAAAUUUCGUCUAGUGGAAAACCGCCUUUAGAAAGCCUUCGACUCGAUCAGGUCGAGCUGUGUCCUUCGUAAUUCAGCUUAGGCCUUAUCUCUCAGCUGUAAGGAUGAGUAGCACACCGCACUUACCUACAGUACUUAUACUUACUUGUUUACUUUGUAACCUUUUUAAAGAAGAAUUUACUGUGGAGACGACAUAUACUGUGUAACACUAUGAUCAACAAGGCUGAUAGGGUGUUUCAGGGUAAUCAGCAUACUGUUAUAUCAUUAGGUUAUACAUUGGAAGGCUGUUAGGGUUAGAGUUAGUGUUUGGAGUAGGGUUAGUGUUAGUAAAACCGUUGCUUUGUUACGUUUUGUCACUCUGAGGCCAGCGAAAUAAUCACUUCCUCCUUCGGUGUUCCAGACAAAAGAAUCUAAUUAAAAUUCUUUUAAAUUGGGAUACCAACAUAGCGGCUGUGACGUCCUGUG